AUGUUUAUUCUAUCGGAUGUAUAUCGAAUGUUGAUCGGCAUUGGUGAUCGAGCUUUAACUCCAUCAAUGAAGAAAGUUGUUAAAUGGGAUCAUCCAGCCGGUCCAAAAUAUGUUCAUUUUUGGUCACCUGUCAUGAAAAGCACUUUAGUUGUUGCUGGUCUAGGAGAUUUAAUGCGUCCAGCUGAAAAACUUUCAUUGAAUCAAUCGAUUUCACUUGCUACCACAGGAUUAAUUUGGACACGAUUUUGUAUGGUGAUUGUACCAAAAAAUUAUUUUCUUGGUGCUGUUAAUCUCGCUCUUGGUUUAACCGGUCUUCAACAAGUAAUACGUAUCGCUCAUUAUCGUUAUACACAUCCUGCUCAACCAUCCAAAAAUUAA